AUGAACACCCCUCGGGUGGCCCGAGGGGACACCGGCCCCACCCGCGGGGUCUCUCACGGCGGCGACAGCGGCGGCAGCAGCAGCGAGGGCAAAGCGCAGGGCCCGAAGGGAGGCGGCAGCGCCGUGAAGGUCCGGCACAUCCUGUGCGAGAAGCACGGCCGGGCCAUGGAGGCCAUGGAGAAGCUGAAGUCCGGGCAGCGCUUCAGCGAGGUGGCGGCGCAGUACAGCGAGGACAAGGCCAGGCAAGGGGGGGACCUGGGCUGGAUGAGCAGAGGCUCCAUGGUGGGACCAUUCCAGGAGGCAGCGUUUGCCCUGCCUGUGAGCAGCAUGGACAAGCCUGUGUACACAGACCCUCCGGUCAAGACCAAGUUCGGGUACCACAUUAUCAUGGUGGAAGGCAAGAAAUAA